UCAUAUUCCGGUUGUAAGAAACGCAUGUUGCGAAAAUGGAUGCAGAUGAUUUCGACGAUGAAGUUGAGGAAAAACCAAUUGGAUUUCACGAAAUGGGCUUAGAUGACCGUAUUCUAAAGUCUGUAUCAGAGCUGGGCUGGCACAAGCCUACCCCUAUACAGGAAAAAGCUAUCCCUCUGGCAUUGGAAGGGAAAGACAUUUUGGCCAGGGCCAGGACUGGUUCAGGAAAAACAGCAGCAUUCUGUAUCCCAGUCAUACAGAAAAUACUGGCCGCAAAAACAACCAGCAAAGAGCAGUGUGUAAAAGCUAUAGUACUGACACCAAGUAAAGAGCUGUGUAAUCAGGCCUUCAAAAAUAUCACGUCUUUAACUUCAAGUUGUUCCAGAGAAGUAAAAUGUCUGGACAUUUCCCCACAGAUGCCCCUGGCUGCACAGAAGCCCAUGUUAGCUGAGAAGCCGGAUAUUUUAGUGGCAACACCGACACGCAUCCUUGCACAUAUCCGUGCUGGAAACCUGUGUAUCAAGGAUUCUCUGGAGCUACUGAUCAUGGACGAGGCUGACCUUCUUUUUUCCUUUGGAUAUGAAAAUGACAUCAAGGGUAUCUUGGGACACCUGCCAAAAAUAUACCAAGCUUUUCUGAUGUCAGCCACUCUCAACGACAGUGUCAAGGCCCUCAAGAAAAUGGUACUCCACAACGCGGUGAUACUUAAAUUGGAGGAAUCCCAGUUACCAGAGGCCGCACAGCUGACUCAAUACCAAAUCAAAUGUGAGGAAGAGGAUAAAUUUGCUCUGAUCUACGUACUUCUGAAGCUGAAGCUUGUUCAAGGAAAAACAAUCCUGUUUGUGAAUUCAGUAAACAAAUGUUACAAAUUAAAGUUAUUUUUAGAACAGUUUGGUAUUUCUGCCUGUGUGUUAAAUUCAGAGCUUCCAGUCAACUCAAGGUGUCAUGUGGUUACCCAAUUUAAUGACAACCUGUAUGACUACAUCAUCGCCUCAGAUGAGACACUCCUCGCUGAACCAGACCCUGGGAAACAAAAAAAGGUAUUUAAGAAGGAUCGUGAGUAUGGUGUGUCUAGAGGAAUCGAUUUCCAGAAUGUGUCCAACGUGGUUAACUUCGACUUCCCUGAAACUGUUGAUGCAUACAUCCACCGAGUGGGAAGAACUGCUAGGGGAGACAACCAGGGCACAGCAUUGUCAUUCGUCAGCUUGAAAGAAAUGCCACUGUUGGAGGUAGUGGAAAGUUCACUGUCAGAAGCUUCAGCAAGUGGAGAAACAGUAUUCAAACCCUACAGCUUCAAGAUGGAGGAAGUGGAAGGCUUCAGGUAUCGAGCUAAGGAUGCCAUGAGAGCUGUAACAAAGACAGCCAUCAAAGAGGCCAGACUGAAGGAGAUAAAACAGGAGGUGCUGGCGUCUCAGAAACUCAAGUCCCAUUUUCAGGAUAACCCAAGGGAUCUACAGAUUCUGCGGCAUGACAAAUUCUUACACACUGUCAAAAAUCAGACACACAUGAGGAAUGUCCCAGAUUAUCUUGUUCCUCCAACUCUGAAGAAAAUAGGUCACCAUGGCGGGCAAGAUUCAAGGAAAAGGUCAAGGUCGUCAGACUACACUGGACCGUCUCGAGGACAGCUUAAGUACAGGAAAAAACAGGAAGAUCCACUGAAAAGCUUUGCCUUUGCUGGCUUAAGUGGGAAAAAGAAGAAAAAGAAAUGAUGUUAUUUACAGACUGUUAUUUUAUGUGAAAAAAAAUGUUAAUUAAAAAAAAAUACCACAACCAAAUUUUGUUGUAGAAGUUUUAUAU